AUGGAAUCCUUCGGUGAAGAGCUCCUUGCACUCCCGGAAUACCAGGUUAUUAAUGAACUGGUCCAAAACACUGAUGUCUCUCCCGCUGAGGCAGUCCAACGUCUUCUUCGGGCGCGCGAGGUUCUACAUCGCGAUAGACCGGAAUCCGAAUCCCCGGCUAGCAUCGAUGGCAACCACACAUGGAAUGCAAUGUUCACAGUCGUGGAACUUGCGAAUAUAGUUUCAGUAUCCCAGCGGCAGAAGCUUGUCGACUUCAUUGCUGAGCUCCAACGUAUUGACCUCACCGAUCCUGCUACUGGCUUGGCGCCCACGGCGAUCGACCUGAAACUAUGGACUGAGCUUCCAUGCCUCGAACUAUACUUGGCUGAUAUGUAUGGCUUCCGAUUCAAGCCUGAAUAUGCCCAGCAGGUCGAUGAGGACCCCCAACAGGAGUAUCCUCCAAGCAAACUUCAGGAGUGGGAAAAUCGGAACGCGUUUAUGGCGCAGAUUACCGCGAAGGCGAAUCAUCUCGUCCAUCCCAUGGACGUAUCUCUGUACGCACUUUACUCAUGCCGAUCGGCAUUCGAGAGAGGGCCGUUGAUAGAAGAGGCUGUGCGCACUGCAUGUAUCUGGUAUAUCCAUGCGGGCCAGCGUGUGUGGGAGAAUUGCCAAAUCGAACGGGUAUAUGGGGAUGAUGAUGACCCACCUCCGCGUCGGCGCUUUAACAUGGAAAAAUGGCGCCUUUGGAAAGACGGAUUGAAGGCAGCGCAGCUGGAGUUCCCUAGGGAAAGUACGCAGGAGAUGAUACGGAAGGCGUUGGAAGAGAUCGAAAAAGCGGAACACGGGGAGUGA